UGUUUAUAUAUGCACGCUGCGGCCACGAAGCUUUCCAUCUACUCACUACUACUGACUGGGAAAUACACACAAAGAGAGAACUUUGCUCUGUUCUCAAAGGUGGUCCGAUCCAAUGCUGUCCAGUGACGAUUUCCUUAGUGGCGGGAUCAUCGCCGCCGCCGUGCUCGCCAUCCUGCUGGUGGCGCUCAGCACGUACGGCCGUCGUCGGUGCCGCCACCCGGCGCUCCGCUUCUUCGUGUGGAGCGCCUCCACCGUGUUCCUCCCGCUCACCUCCUCCAUCAUCUCCACCUUGCUGAGGAGGAGCAGCGAGCCCAGGCGCAACGGCUCCAUGCCACCCACCGGUAAGAACAACCCCGACAUCCAAAACAUGUGGACCCUCCUCCUGUGGAUUGUGCUCAUCCUCACCAUCAGGUGCAACGCCGACAUCGCGGCGGCAGCCGUCGCCACCGCGGCGGCCUCACCUGCCGGCGGCGACGUUAGCGUCGACGGCCAGAGGAUAAGGCCCCCCGUGGAGCACUUCGCGCAGUACGCCUGGGUGGCCUACCUUAUCUGGAUCUGCGUUCCGCUAGGGCAAUGGCUGCGCCCAUUGAAUAUAGCCAUCUUCGUCGCGUUCAGCGCGCUCGGCCUCGCCAAGACGGUGCUAAAGCUGGCCGCCUUCUGGAGCGCUAGCCGCUCGUUCGCUCUCGGCAAGAACGCGCGGCUCAUCGCCGGCUACAUGGCGCAGCUCGUCACCGACGCCAGCGAGGGCCACAACCCAGUCCCAGUGCCGCGUUACAUAGUGAUGGGAGAGAGGACUAAGCACGUCGAGGAAUGCCCUGAGGGCUAUCGUGUCAAACGCGACGUAUUGGAGGACCAGUUCAGCGGCCUUGUGACGCUGGAUCGCGUGUGGCGGCUGGCGGAGCACGGCGACGGCAUCCUCGCCGAACGGCAUGAGCUCAGGGACCUCUGCCUCUCUUACUCCCUGUUCAAAAACCUGCGGCGGCGGCUGUCAGGGUACCCCUUAGCCGACGCUGGGUCCGGCGAGGCCCUUGACUUUGUUGGAACCAGGAUCACACACACACACACGAGCUCGAGGAAGAAGAUGAACAGGAACUCGAAGCUCUCGGCAAUGGCGACGAACGCCCUGGCUAUUUUCUUUUUUUUUCAGAACGGAGCAGUACAUGGACUUUAUAGACUCGGGGCGACGCACGCUGAGCACGAACUCCAUUGCCCGGUCUUCACACGUCGAUCCUUACGAUUCGGCUCACGCCAUGCACGAGCUCCUCACUCCUGCGCAUGA